ACCUCUCACAUUAACCCCUUCCUGCCCAGUGCCAUUAGUACAGUGUCGGUGCUUUUUUUUUUUAGCACUGAUCACUGUAUUGGUGUCACUGGAGAUAUCAGCAGGGGCAGACUGACCAUUUGGAAAUUUGGGCACUGCCCGAGGGCCCUGGGUCAGUAGGGGGCCACAUGAGAUGCCCCUGGUACCUUUUCCAUAGGCUUUUUUGAGUUUGGGCAAGGACACAGGGGCCCCAUGAUCCCCUAUUGCCCGGGGGCCCCAUGAGUUGUCAGUCC